CCCCUGUCCUCUGUCUGGACAGUGCUGAUUGGCCCUGUGCUGAUCACAUGCACUCUCCCAAGUAAAAAAUAAAAAACCUCUCUAGCAAUAUACACCAAACUGAGCAUGAGCAUGUCUACGGUUCAGUCUGGGGAUAAGUGGGGUACACUGGAAGAAGAUGAGGAUCAGAGAAGUCAGGAUCAAACAACAUUUUUACACAAUGCAGAGGAUUAACCCCUUAGAUUCCUCAGUGAGUAUAACAAGCAUGCUUUACUGCAUAUACAGAUUGAUUUUACUGUUGUGGGUUUAGUACACUU